AUGCCCCCUCCCUUUUGGCCAGUUCCUUACCCCCAGGUACCGUCUCCUCCGACACAAGUGGAGCCAAAGCCUUCCCCGCCUCCACCUCCACCACCUGCUCCAGAACCGGCACCGGCGCCAGCACCAGCCCUCACCCCCGCUGAUACGGCCAAGGAUGAAGCGAUUGCCCGGCUGGAGCAGUUGAUUAUAAAUGAUCGCAAAGAGCGCGAGGAUAAAGAAAAGGCCAUCCAAGACGCCAAGGACCGUGCUGCCGCUGAGAAGGCAGCGCAAGAUGCGCAGACAGCGCAUGACAUGAAGAUUGCCUCGGAAGCUGCGGCUCUUGCGCGAGCUGAUGCGGAGGCAAAGGCCGCAGAGGAUGCAGCCAAGGCUAAGGAUGAGGCAGAAAAGGCCGCUGCUACCGCUGCCUCAGAUGCUGCGGCCGCUGCAACGGCGGCUGCUGCUGAGGCUGCUGCCGCUGCCGCUGCAGAAGCUGCCAAACCGCCGCCUCCACCACCUGCCCCCGAGAAAAAGAAGCCUAUCAAGUUCAAAGACGCUGUUGGCAGAAAGUUCAGCUUUCCAUUUGAGCUGUGUGCCACGUGGCAGGGGAUGGAGGAGCUCAUUCGGCAGGCUUUUCUCCAUAUCGAAGUAAUUGGUCCCCAUGUGGCCGAUGGACACUAUGAUCUGAUCGGUCCCAAUGGUGACAUUAUCCUUCCGCAGGUUUGGGAAACAGUGAUUGAACCUGACUGGGCUAUCACUAUGCAUAUGUGGCCAAUUCCCGAAAAGCCAAAGGAAGACCCCCCUCCCCCAGCAGAGGAACCACCGCCCCCUGAAAAACCUGCCGAAGCGCCUCCAGAGCCAAAGAAGAAGGCAGAGUCAGGUAAUAAGAAGGCAAAGGCCAAAAAUCCGCCUAUGCCUGGUAGUUUUGCAAUGUGGAUGUUGGGUAAUAACACUAGGCCGAAACAAGCCUCAAAGGCAGAAAAGAAGCCUGAACCGCCUGCUCCUGCACCUCCUUCGUGA